AUGCUGGCGGCGCGGCACGUCGUGUGCGCCCUGUCCGGCGGCGUGGACAGCGCCGUGGCUGCGCUGCUGCUGCGGCGCCGAGGCUACCAGGUGACGGGGGUGUUCAUGAAGAACUGGGACUCCCUGGACGAGCAUGGCGUCUGCACGGCUGACAAGGACUGCGAGGACGCGUACCGCGUGUGCCAGGUCCUGGACAUCCCCUUCCACCAGGUGUCCUACGUGAAGGAGUACUGGAACGACGUGUUCAGUGACUUUCUGAAUGAAUACGAGAAAGGAAGGACGCCCAACCCUGACGUCGUCUGCAACAGGCACAUCAAGUUCAAGUGCUUUUUCCGCUAUGCCCUGGACAACCUUGGAGCGGACGCGGUGGCCACGGGCCACUACGCCAGGACGUCCUUGGAGGACGAGGAGGUGUUCCAGCAGAAGCAUGUGAAGAGGCCUGAAGGGCUUUUCAGGAACCGGUUCGAAGUCAGAAAUGCGGUAAAGCUUCUGCAGGCAGCUGACAGCUUUAAAGACCAGACCUUCUUUCUCAGCCAGGUUCCCCAGGAGGCCCUGCGGAGAACCCUCUUCCCCCUGGGGGGGCUCACCAAGGAUUUUGUAAAGAAAAUAGCAGCUGAGAACGGACUGCACCACGUGCUGCAGAAGAAGGAGAGCAUGGGCAUCUGCUUCGUGGGCAAAAGGAACUUCGAGAAGUUCAUUCUCCAGUACUUACAGCCGCGGCCGGGGCGGUUCGUGUCCAUCGAGGAUGACGCCGUGCUGGGGACACACAGAGGCUGGUUCCUGUACACGCUGGGCCAGAGGGCCAAGAUUGGCGGCCUGCGCGAGCCCUGGUACGUGGUUGAGAAGGACGGCGCCAAGGGCGACGUGUUUGUGGCCCCCCGGGGGGACCACCCGGCCCUGUACCGGGACCUGCUGCGGACCAAUCGUGUGCACUGGAUCGCCGAGGAGCCGCCCGCAGCCCUGGUCCGCGACAAGAUGAUGGAGUGCCACUUCCGCUUCUACCACCAGAUGGCGCUAGUGCCCUGCGUGCUGACCCUCAACCAAGACGGCACCGUGUGGGUGACGGCGGUGAAGGCCGUGCGGGCCCUGGCCCCCGGACAGUUCGCCGUGUUCUACAAGGGGGAGGAGUGCCUGGGCAGCGGCAAGAUCCUGCGCCUGGGGCCGUCGGCCUACACACUGCAGAAGGGCAGGAGCAGGUCCAGCGCGGCCACGGAGCGCCCCGGCCACAGCCCCAGCGACAGCCCCAGCGACAGCCCCGGCCACAGCCCCAGCGACAGCCCCGGCCACAGCCCCAGCGACAGCCCCGGCCACAGCCCCGGCCACAGCCCCGGCUCGGGGCCCGCGGGACCCGCGCCCUGA